AUGGAUCUCCAGACAUUUCGAAUGGCAGGGACGUUUUCCUUUCAAUUCACCUUGCUCCAACGUCGACGUAUUAUAUCAACACAGGUGAUAAGCAUCUACAAGGAUUACAGUGGCCCUAGAGCGAACUUUGUCAUGACAGAAGACCAGGAUCUCUUAGCUAAAAUUGGACUGCUUGCUGGGCAAAUCAAUCAGCAUAAAAACCAGGCUACACCCCCAACCCAACCAUCACGAGGCGGACGUUAUACAUCUUACCCCUCAACUCACCCGCGACGUCACGCGGGAUGGGCUCCCUACCGUGGACGAGCCAGCCAUCCAAGUUCGAGACGCCAUGCAGCUCCUCAUCGAAAUCGAACGCUAGUUCUCAGCAACCUCUCUACGCCGGCAGAAAGUGCGAGCGGCACCCCAUCCUGUAAUGCAUCAACUGAUGAAAUGAAUGAAGCAAAACCUGUAUGCCAAAAUGGAUGGGUUGCUAAAAGGGACCGCCACAUGCAACUCAUAAACUCUGCAAUAUAUGAUAAAGAAGCUCAAGCCAGAACCAAGGCUAUCGAGGAGAGCCGCAAGCUCAAAGCCCAGAGGAUAGCACAGCGAGAGGAGGCCAAGGUCUUGAGAUAUGUACAGGGCGUUGGCGGAUACCGACCGGUCGCAACUCCGGUUGUUGGACAACGAGCAGCUUCCUACCGAAUCACUAUUCAAGAUGUUCCGUUCCAAGUAGUACAAGGCGGGAGCAAACUAAUUCGGUUACCUAAUGAACCGUCGGCGGCGAACGUUACUCCCAAGAAGGUGAACAUUGGUGGUGUAAACUUCGUUCCUGCUUCAAAGGGCCAAAUUGCCCCUAUAUCCACGAUCCUGAUAAAGUUGCCAUCUGCAAAGAGUUCCUUCAGACAGGCAAAUGUGCAGCUGGCUCGGCGUGUGACCUUUCUCACGAACCAAGCGCGGAAAGGUCCCCUUCAUGUUUGCAUUUCCUUCGUGGGCGCUGCUCCAAUCCAUCAUGCCGAUAUGCACAUGUUCGAGUUAACCCUGCUCCCUCACGUGGACCGCGCAGGUCAAAUCCGCAAGAUUGCAGCUAAUAAGGCAGAAACUACUGAUGAUAGAGACAGCGCCGACGACGAUGAUAUUUUAAGCGAUGAAGAGGCUUACGAUGAAAUUGAUUCAGAUGAUGUUGACUCCGACGAUUCUGACGAUGACCCCAUCAUAAUCACAGAAGGUGUCGAUACAGGCGAAAUUUCACAGCAACAAGAUUUUGUCCGUUUUACGUCCUGA